UUCCAGCUAUCCUUUUUCUGUACCACUUAUCCUCACUAGGGUCGCGGGCGUGCUAAAGCCUAUCCCAGCUAUCUUCGGGCGAGAGGCGGGGUAUACCCUGAACUUGUCACCAGGCAAUCCCAGGGCACAUAUAAACAAACAACCGUACAGUACGUACUGUUCUUUAUUUAAAUGUUUGAUAGUGUGUUUUCAUACCAAUAUUUACUGUAAUUAAAACUUUAUUACUGCGUUAGCAUAGGUUAGUGAGAUUACAACGAUUGAUUUGCGUAUACGGGUUCUGUAAAACGAAGACCUUUAGAUUGUGGUCCAAUUUUAAUAUUAGACUGAUGAAAUGAGAGUCUCUUCUGUCCCCUUCUCGUAACUCAAGAUGAACAAAUACAUAGUACCUUGACUUACCAGUGCUCCAACUUUUCGAAGUUUCGAACCGUUGCUUGGUUGAUUUAUUAUUAUCUUUUGGCCCAAUUAAGUGAAGUUCCUAAGGCACACCUUAUGACAGCACAAGAAUAUGCUAUAGUCCAGUGGUUGUGAAUCACUGGCAUACUGUACCCAAAAUUGUGAAAAAUGCUUUAUUUUCCACCAUUUUCUGUUUGUUUUAUCUUUUUCUCAUUGAAUGGCAGUGUCUGGGCAUUGAUAUGAUGUGACGUGUUAAGCAGGUAAAAUUUCCCUCACUUCUUUUUUGUUUUUUGUUUUUUUUGUUUUUAUUUAUUUAUUUCUUUUGUAUUACAGCUUGUCAAUAAUAGCUCUUCAAUUGCUGGUGAACUUUGAUACUAACCUGGCCUUUAUGUGCAGAGUGACUCUCCUAAUGGAAAGGUUCCUGUUUCUCCUUCAAAAGUCUUGCAUUGACUCCUCCUCCUCGACUGAAAGGGGCCCUUUGUGGGGGGGUUUCCCAGGCAUUCCAAAGGGAAUUCCUGCAGCAACCCCAAAGAGUGUGAUCAGCACGGCAGGCCAAGAGGGAGGGGCAUGAUUCCAAGUUUUCCACCCAGCAUGUUGCACACAGUCACCGAGUGGCUCUGGUGGGAGCGUUUGUGGCUGCCCGUGAACGUCUCGUGGGCAGAUCUGGAGGACCGCGACGGCCGUGUCUACGCCAAAGCCUCCCAGCUGUACGCCAUGUUGCCCUUGGCCUUCUGCCUCCUCUUUGUCAGGUUUCUCUUUGAGAGAUUGGUGGCCGCCCCGCUGGCUGACAUUUGCGGUAUUAAAGACAGACUGCGUCACACCGUAGAGCAAAACGCCAUCUUGGAAAACUACUUCUGCACACAAGCACAUGUUCUGUCACAGUCGGAUGUGAGGGCUCUGUGUAAGAAGACAAGUUGGACUGAGCGAAGAGUUCAAGUGUGGUUCAGGAGGAGGCGCAACCACCAACGUCCAGGUCUUCGCAAGAGAUUCUGUGAGGCCAGUUGGAGAUGUGUAUUCUAUUUUUCUGCAUUUGUUGGCGGCGUUGUUGCCCUCCAUGAUAAACCCUGGUUUUACAGUCUGAAAGAGGUUUGGGCAGGAUUCCCUAAACAGUCGUUGCUGCAAUCCCAGUACUGGCAUUACUUCCUGGAAAUGGGAUUCUAUCUUUCGCUGCUCCUCAGCCUCACGUUUGAUGUGAAGCGGAAGGACUUUAAAGAGCAGGUGAUACACCACAUUGCCACGCUGACUUUGCUGGCAUUCUCCUGGAUCUCCAACUACAUCCGCGUCGGCACCAUCGUGAUGGCGCUCCACGACUCUGCCGAUAUCCUGCUCGAGGGUGCAAAGGUCCUCAACUACGCUAAGUGGCAUAAGAUGGCUAACGCUAUGUUUGUGGUCUUCACCUUCCUUUUCAUGCUGACCAGACUUGUGAUUUUUCCUUUCUGGGUGAUCCACUGCACGUGGGUGUAUCCACUAGAAAGUUAUCCUCCGUUCUUCGGCUACUAUUUCUUCAACGUCAUGCUGCUGGUGCUCCAGAUUCUGCACCUCUACUGGGCCGUUCUCAUAUCAAAAAUGCUCUACAAGUGUCUCUUCAGCAAGCUGGAAGGGGAUGACAGGAGCGAUGAAGAGGAGGACGACAGUGAGGAGGAGAGAAACUGCAAGCGUAAUCACAUGAACGGUGCCGGAGUCCGAGGCCGGGCCAACGGUCACUGAUUGCAUAAGAAUAGUGACUUCUUGGACAGAAUCCCGGGAGACUGUACAGAAAUUAAGUACGAUGCAUCCAGAAAGCAUUCACAGCAAUUGACUUUUUCAACAUUUUGUUACGUGCAGCCUUUUUCCACCAGUACCUUGACUUAUGAAUGCCUUGCCUUAACCUAGGAGUCUUUCAGAAAACGAGCUGUCGCUUGAUCGAUUUUUUUUUCAUCUGUGGGCAAGGAGAGCCACUGCAAACAUUCAAAUACACAACUCACACCCCGACACUAACACUGAACUAUCCAUCCAUCUUCUUAGCCGCUUCUCCUCACUAGGGUCGUGGGCGUGCUGGAGCCUAUCCCAGCUAUCAUCGGGCAGGAGGCGGUGUACACCCUGAACUGCUUGCCAGCCAAUCGCAGGGCACAUACAAACAAACAACCAUUCGCACUCACGUUCACACCUACGGGCAAAUUAGAGUUGUCAAUGAACCUACCACGCAUGUUUUUGGGAUGUGGGAGGAAACCGGAGUGCCCGGAAAAAAAAGAAAACCCACACAGGGAGAACAUGUAAACUCCACACAGGCGGGGUCGGGGAUUGAACCCCAGUCCUCAGAACUGUGAGGCAGACGCUCUAACCAGUCAUCCACCGUGCCGCACACUGAACUAUAUAUAUAUAUAUAUAGAUAUAUAUUAACUCACUAGGCCACGCCCCUUAAGAGUACAUCCAACACAAAUGCUACAAUGUACAGUAAUUACACUAUAAAGCCAGUAUAUUUCUUUACAUUCGCUAUUAUUAUGAUUUUAUACAAUAGACUACUAAUUUUCUUUCUUAAAACCAUGUAAUAACAAAACAUGUUUUGGUAAGCUUCAAUUCAUUUCAAUGGGGAAAAUUUAAUUCCUAUAUGAGUAAAUAAAGUUAAGUGGUCACGGAAUGAAUUCAUGACACAUUAAUUCCCACAUUAAUGACAAUGUGGGAAAAAAAGGGAGCCGAGCUUAAUUUUGAGCUUCAUGGCAAAGGUGUGUGACUACUUAACAGUAUUAACAAAUAUUGUACUCAAGUAAGAGUACUGUUACUUUCAAAUAUGACUCAAGUAAAUGUAAAAAGUAGUCAUCCAAAUAUUACCAUUACCAAUAUUACCAAUAUAAUUACUGCAUGGUGUUGUCUCAAGUUAGAAGUGGGCUGAAAUAUCCAAGUUUGGGCAGUCACAAUUUAAGAGCUGCAUGAUAAAGCUGGGCGGCACGGUGAACGACUGGUUAUGUAUUAAGGGUUCAAUCCCCGGCCCCGGCUGUGUGGAGUUUGCAAAUCUCCCCAUGCCUGCGUGGGUUUUCUCCGGGCACUCCGGUUUCCUCCCACAUUCCAAAAACAUGCGUGGUAGGUUAAUUGAAGACUCUAAAUUGCCCGUAUGUGUGAAUGUGAGUGCGACUGGUUGUUUGUUUGUAUGUGCCCUGCGAUUGGCUGGCAACCAGUUGCGAAGGCUACGUACGCGGUCAUGUGACUGCCUAGUGUCGUCUGAUUGAUGAAUUGGAGUCAAAUGACACUAGUGUUUACGUUUGUUUGGGGCAACGGGCGCCCUAUGCGGCAGUCGAAGAUGGAGUCUAAAAAUAGACGCGGCAAGCAUGAAAUAAAAGUUGCGAACGGCAUGUCGAUCAUUGUAACGGAGUAAAAGUAUCGAUUCUUCUUCAGAUAACUACUCAAGUAAAAGUAGAAAGUACAGUGCAUUUAAAGUACUCUGACAAGUACAGUUUUUCGAAAAUGUUACUUGAGUAAAUGUAGCGCGUUACUACCCACCUCUGUGAACAUGUUAUUAUAUAACGUCAAUACGGGGGGUGCUGUUCUGUUGCACCCAAUGUAACUCUUUAUUGGGAAUUACAGCCACCUACACUCCUUAUUGCAACACUUUCAAGGAACAGGCGGUUGUUGUAUUUGACGAGAUGGUGUGAAACUGCAACACGGAUAGAGAUUUGAUAACUAAUGCGUUAAUAUUUAAACCAGUAUUGCCAAAGGGCUCGAACAAACGGAUUACAGUAUAAUGAACCUAUGCCCUCUAGCGGCCAUGAAGAACAACAACAUAUAACAUGUUCUAAUGCAGUACAGAUAGGUGUUGUGUGUAGAAUUUUGAGGGGGCGGGGCUUAAUUUAUUUUGUUUUUGAGGCUGUAAUACAAAACGUGGAAAAGUGAAAUGCUGUGAAUACUUUCCGGAUGUGCUGUACAUAUGCAAGCAGAUUAUUAUUUAAACAAAAAACAAACGAAAAAAACAGUGAUGGAUAAGUCAUGACCUGAUAUGUAGCUACAUAUUAGCGAAGCUUAAAUAAAAUAAAUUCGGUUCA